AUGGCCUUGAUUUCCACAGGGCCUCUCGAUGCUCGUCCAGCUAACCAAUCGCUAUAUCGCAGCAUUCUUGGCAAGCUACAGUUUGCUGCUCAGACGGCUCGUCCAGACAUUGCCUAUGCUACAGGCAAGCUUGCUCAGUAUUCGAGUGACCCUAGAGCCAUUCAUAUGGAUAGAGCUUAUCAUGUUCUGAGCUACCUCAAAGGCACUAAGGACCCGGCAAUUGUCUAUCACAAAAUGUACCAGGCGCCUCCGCGGCUUCUGAGAGGCUGGUCAGAUGCCGAUUGGGCAAACGAUCCUGACAGGAAGUCUAUCUCAGGCUUUGCAUUCUCACGGUCCUUCAACCUUCUUUUGAAGUCGGCCAAACAGAAGCUGACAGCAACUUCCACAACCGAGGCUGAGCUGAUUGCCGCUUUUUCUGCCACGUGUGAGGCAGUUUACUGA